CUUGGUAGGAGGCCUCUGUUUCCACUGCCCGGAAUCGAAGGCGAGAGGGAAGCCCCGCGGGUGCGAGAUACUGCUCAGCGUCCCCUUCCCUUCCUCGCAUCGCACCAUCCUGGUUUGCAGCACCCGGCGGUGCUUUGAAUUGCUUUCUCCUUCUCUCUACUUUUUGGGCGGGGGCACCCGCAACCUCUGUCACAGAUAAUAAAUUUGCCCUCGCUCCUCUCGGGCUGCCGAGCCGGGCUGCCUCGUUGUGCAAGGUCCCCGCUGCGAAGGCAAGCUGCGAGCAACUUCCGUACCCUGCAAGUGACAUCCCCUCCGCACAGGCUCCUGUCCCUCCCUUUCCUCCGGGCGCUACCUCUGCACUCCUUCACACACACGAGCCGCGUUCCCUUUCCUUGCCCAACCGACCCCCCCUCCCAGUCACGCUCUCUCCUCUCCCCCACCCAUGCAAGGAGGACGGCGAGACUGCGGCUGAGCGCGCUUCUCUGCUGCGGCGACGCGGGAGGCAACAGCUCGGCGCUGUCUGUGGGUCCCUGUCUGAAGAAACCCCCGCGGCUCACCCCACGCCGCCGCCCGGACCAUGUUCCCGCCGCAGGAGCCCAGCCCUGACAUCGCCCUGGCACUCCGGGACGGCGAGAGGGCGGGAACGGGGAGGACUGAGUGAGGCCGGCGGCGCCCGCUCUUUCGCCCGGUUCUCCCCGACGUAACAUACCACCGCUUGCACCACUACUGGCAUUCUCUCAGCGAGCCACAGGGCUUAAUUGUCAAAAUGCUGAUCAAGGAGUAUCACAUUCUGCUUCCUAUGAGCCUAGCAGAGUACCAGGUGGCUCAGCUCUACAUGAUCCAGAAAAAGAGCAGAGAAGAGUCAAGUGGAGAGGGCAGUGGAGUUGAGAUCCUGGCCAACCGGCCCUACAGCGAUGGCCCUGGCGGCAGUGGUCAAUAUACACACAAGAUUUACCAUGUUGGCUCUCACAUCCCCAGCUGGUUCCGUGCCCUCCUGCCUAAAGCUGCUCUGCAGGUAGAGGAAGAAUCCUGGAAUGCCUAUCCUUACACACGUACGAGAUAUACCUGCCCUUUUGUGGAGAAAUUUUCUAUUGAGAUUGAGACCUAUUACCGACAGGAUGUCGGGAAGCAGAAUAAUGUCUUCAACCUAAAUGCUGUAGAGCGCAGGCAAAGGAUUCUGGAUACCAUUGACAUUGUGCGGGACCCCAUCUCCCCUGGUGAAUACAAGGUGGAAGAGGAUCCACGGCUUUAUCGCUCCAACAAGACAGGACGUGGACCUCUGGGAGAUGACUGGUUGGAGAGUAUAGCUGAUGGACCUCUCAUGUGUGCUUACAAGCUUUGUAAGGUGGAAUUUCGCUAUUGGGGCAUGCAGUCCAAGAUUGAACAGUUCAUUCAUGACAUUGGUCUGCGAAAGGUAAUGCUGCGGGCACACCGCCAGGCCUGGUGUUGGCAGGAUGAGUGGAUAGACCUUACCAUGGAUGACAUCCGAAGGCUGGAGGAAGAAACGGCACGCAUGUUGGCCCAGAAGAUGGCCAAGUGCAUGGAGCCUGCCCCAGACACAACCUCACCCAGCCCUGAAGGCCAGGCUGAGCCAGGCAACCGAGAGAAGCAGGACAGCGUGACAAGCCUGAGAACUCCUGAGACAUCACGAGAUGAAGCGUUUGCCAAGCAGUGGUCAUCAGCUUCUCGCUCCUCAUACUCUUCUCAGCAUGCAGCUGGAGUGUCUCCCCACAGCUUAUCGGAGUGGCGGAUGCAAAAUAUUGCACGGGACUCCGAGAACAGCUCUGAGGAGGAAUUCUUUGAUGCUCAUGAGGAUCUCUCUGACAGUGAUGAUGUUUUUGCAAAAGAAAUCACUAAGUGGAACUCCAAUGAUUUUCUCGAUACUCUGGAACGGCCCAGCGAGCAGGAUGAUGUCCUUGCUGAAGCUGCUGGGGCAGCCAAACCAGACAGUGAUGGGAUGACCUUGCCAGGCCAACCAGAGGCUGGUCCAGAAGACCUGUCUAGGACAUGCCGGAUCCAUGCACUCUUCCUGAUCCUCCACAGUGGCAACAUCCUAGACCAGGGUGUUGGAGAACCAGGCUCUAAGCAAGCUGACAUGCAGACGCUCACUGCCACCUUGGACUCGGUCACUCGCCUGCACUUCCCUGAGGCCCUGGGGCACAUAGCAUUGCGUCUGGUGCCCUGUCCACCCAUCUGUGCUGCUGCCUAUGCCCUUGUCUCCAAACUCAGCCCAUACAGUCAUGAUGGCGACAGUCUGUCCAGCAGCCAGGACCAUAUUCCCCUGGCUGCUUUGCCGCUCCUGGCCACCUCAUCAAGCAGCUACCAGAGUGCUGUUGCAACCGUUAUUGCCCGUACCAACCAGGCCUAUGCUAACUUCAUCCACUCUCCUGAUGGUGCCGGUUUCUGUGGCCAGGUGCUACUGAUUGGUGAUUGCAUUGGGGGAAUCCUGGCCUUUGAUGCCCUUUGUCACAGUCGGGCUGGAGGGACAGGGAGCCGUGGGAGCAGCCGCCGUGGCAGCAUGAAUGCUGACCUGCUGUCUCCCGAGGUUUCCGUGGUGCGAGAUCCAAUGCUUGAGAAAGCAGAGGGGUUGUGGGGCCGUGCCAGCCCUGAGCCAUCUGGUCUGCUGUCUACCCAUAAACGCAGUGAUAGCAAUGUGGCACCAGAGGUCGACUCUCUGCAACAGCAGCAGCAGUUCUUGUCCAGCCUGCAGGCUGGCAUGCCUGCUUCAGAGGCAGAAGGAGACCCCCGGCGUAGCAGUAAUUCAUCAUCUUCAAUGAUAGAGACUUUUGAGGGGACAAACACAGUUGGGAAACUGGAAUUCAAGGUGUCUGGUUUCUUCUUGUUUGGUUCACCCCUGGGACUUGUACUUGCUCUUCGUAAGACGGUGAUGCCAGCCAUGGAUGUGGCCCAGAUGCACCCAGCCUGCGAACAGGUUUACAACUUGUUUCAUGCAGCUGACCCCUGUGCCUCCCGUCUGGAACCUCUGCUGGCCCAACAGUUCCACGCUGUGCCACCCUUUGCCAUUCCUCGCUAUCAGAAAUAUCCAUUGGGAGAUGGCUCAUCCACUUCAUUGGCUGAGUCGGUUCAGGCUCACUCUGCCCUCUUCUUGGAUGAUCUGGAACUUGUAACGCCACCGACCCCAACAGGUUCUUUUGGGGGCUUCUGGAAAGGGAGUGAGACAUCCACCAGCGAGGUCCCUGUAGCUUCCACCAGUGAAGUUGUCAAGAUUUUGGAGCGUUGGUGGGGUGCUAAACGCAUUGAUUACUCCCUCUAUUGCCCGGAGGCGCUGACGGCCUUUCCCACCAUUACCCUACCUCAUCUUUUCCAUGCCAGCUACUGGGAAAGCGCUGAUGUAGCUGCCUUCAUCCUUCGCCAGGUGAUCGAGACGGAGCAACCUCAAGUGACGGAGAAUGAGGAGAGUUCCAUCUACAGUCCAGCUUUUCCCCGUGAAAAAUGGCAGCGGAAGCGCACACAAGUGAAGAUCCGGAAUGUCACAGCCAACCACCGAGCCAGUGAUGUCAUUGUGUGUGAGGCACAUCCCCAGGUCCUCAAUGGGCGCUUCAUGUAUGGGCCACUGGAUGUAGUAACUCUAACUGGGGAGAAGGUGGAUGUCUACAUCAUGGCACAGCCACUGUCGGGAAAAUGGGUGCACUAUGGCACUGAAGUGACAAGUGGCAGCGGGAGACUCUCCUAUACUCUUCCUGAGGAGAAGAUGCUGGGCAUUGGCAUGUACCCUGUCCGUAUGGUAGUCAGAGGUGACCACACAUAUGCUGAAUGUUUUCUGACAGUAGUGGCCAAAUCCACGCCUUGUGUUGUCUUCAGUAUUGAUGGCUCCUUUACAGCUAGCGUCUCCAUUAUGGGCAGUGAUCCUAAGGUGCGCGCAGGUGCUGUUGAUGUUGUGAGGCACUGGCAGGACUCUGGAUACAUGAUCAUCUAUGUGACCGGGCGUCCAGACAUGCAGAAGCAUCGUGUGGUGGCCUGGCUUACGCAGCACAACUUCCCCCACGGCAUUGUCUCUUUCUGUGAUGGGCUCACCCACGAUCCCCUGCGCCAGAAAGCAGUUUUUCUACAGGGCCUGCAGCAGGAGGCAGAGGUCAGCAUUGUGGCUGGUUAUGGAUCCACCAAGGAUAUCUCUGUCUACAGCUCCUUAGGGCUUCCUCCAUCUCAAAUCUACAUUGUGGGCAGGGCUGUGAAAAAACUGCAAAGCCAGUGCCAGUUCCUUUCGGAUGGCUACGUUGCCCACCUCGCUCAGCUGGAAUCCACAUCCCUUGCCCACUCACCAAAGGGAACAACAAGGCCCACCCUGGGCAAAGGCAGUUACGGCUGCCCUGCUCCUGUCGACUUCCUGCGCAAGCAGAGCCAGCUAUUGCGCUCGCGGGGGCAGAGCCAGGCAGAACGAGAGGGCUCAGGGAGUGCUCAGCCCCGAUCCAAGACACGCAGCAUCAGCCUCAAGCUGGAUAGUGAGGAGUGAGCAUUUGUGGAGAAAGUCCUUGCAUGGUCUGAGUUACCGCAGCUGGUCCCGAGGGUGGGUCUGUGAGAGGAAGGAGUCAAGAACACCAGGCGCAGAGAGAGAGAGGAAGAAACCACUCUGCCUAGCAGAGGCUGCAAGCUGGCGUCCAGUGCCAACUGGACACGAAGAAACUUCUUCGUAAUCCCAGAGGUUCCUUCUGUCAUAUCAAGUCCAACUUCCAGCUGUUCUGCUUGUGGUCCCCCUUGACCCACAUCUCAGCCAACAUCUCUCAACUCACUUCAGGGGAGUGGAGCAGGGAACCUUGACAUAAACUGUGUUACUUUGUGGAUUGACUGCGUUCUCCCGCUUCCAGUUUUUGAGUGCUGGGGGUGUAUAUAUAUAUUCUAAUGUCCCCGUUUGAUGCCAAGUGAGCCAGCAGUGGGUCCAGCCCCCGUGCCCCACCUCCUGUCUUUUCCAGGUCUUCCUAUUACUGUCUGUGGCUUAAGUACAGGUGGGGGGUAUGGAAACAAAAGCAGCAGGGGAGUUGUCCCUUUGCCUGCCUCCAGCCCCCUCGUGCAAUCCUCAGCCCAGUCCUGGCUGUGCCCUGGUCUUUGGGUGUCUGCAUGAUACUGCUCUGCUGUGUGUAUGUUGUGUCUGAUGGGCCAUCACAGGGUAUUCAGGACCAAGGAGGAAGUUCUGCUCCCUUCAGAAGUGGAAGCAACUCAACAGAGGGCUUAAUAUUUAUUCCAUUUUGUCAGAAUUGCCUAGGGGGAAGUGGAACCCUGUUUUGGAGGAUUUGCAAGGGUUUUACAUUACCUUUAAAUGUAUUAUAAACCAGGGGGUGGAAAUAAAAUGGUUUUAAGUAGUGAAAA